AUGGCCACGUCUGAACCGAGAGCCACCGGCGGGGACCCGGACCCCAACUCCGCCAAUUUAAGACCUCCGUCCACAACUAACGAAUAUGCGUGGAUGCACGGAUGCACACGGAAACUGGGGAUGAAGAUCUGUGGGUUCCUGCAGAAGAACAACAGCAUGGAGGAGAAGGGCAGGCUCACAGGCCAGAAGAAUCUACUGUCCUGUGACAACAGUGACCGGGAGACGGGCUUCCGCCACACUGAGACUGACUUCUCCAACCUGUUCGCAAGAGACCUGCUGCCAGCCAAAAAUGGAGAGGAGCCCACCAUACAGUUUUUGUUGGAGGUGGUUGACAUCCUCACCAACUAUGUCAAGAAGACCUUCGACCGCUCCACCAAGGUGCUGGACUUCCACCACCCUCACCAGCUGCUGGAGGGCAUGGAGGGCUUCAACCUGGAACUCUCCGACCAGCCUGAGUCUCUGGAGCAGAUCCUGGUGGACUGCAGGGACACGCUCAAGUAUGGCGUCCGGACAGGUCACCCACGCUUUUUCAACCAGUUGUCCUCUGGUCUGGACAUCAUCGGUCUGGCUGGAGAGUGGCUUACCUCCACCGCUAACACCAACAUGUUCACCUACGAGAUUGCUCCAGUGUUUGUGUUGAUGGAGCAGCUGACUCUGAAGAAGAUGAUAGAGAUGAUUGGUUGGCCCAGCGGAGAGGGGGACGGCAUUUUUUCACCAGGGGGCGCUAUCUCCAACAUGUACAGCGUGAUGAUUGCACGUUACAAGUAUUUCCCAGAGGUCAAGACCAAGGGCAUGUCUGCUGCUCCUCGCCUCGUCCUCUUCACAUCCGAGCAUAGCCACUACUCCAUAAAGAAGGCCGGCGCCGCUUUGGGCUUUGGUACGGAGAAUGUCAUCCUACUGAGCACAGAUGAGAGGGGAAGAGUCAUUCCUGCAGAUCUGGAGGCCAAGAUCAUUGAUGCCAAACAGAAGGGAUAUGUGCCACUGUUUGUGAACGCCACAGCUGGUUCUACUGUGUACGGAGCAUUUGACCCCAUAAAUGAGAUCGCUGACAUCUGUGAGAAGUACAACUUGUGGCUGCACGUGGAUGGAGCAUGGGGUGGUGGACUGCUGAUGUCCAGGAAGCAUCGUCAUAAGCUCAGCGGAGUUGAGAGGGCCAACUCUGUCACAUGGAACCCUCAUAAGAUGAUGGGCGUGCCUCUGCAGUGCUCUGCCAUCCUGGUCAGAGAGAAGGGGAUCCUGGCAGGCUGUAACUCCAUGUGCGCUGGCUACCUGUUCCAACCGGACAAACAGUACGACGUCACAUACGACACGGGGGACAAGGCCAUCCAGUGCGGCCGACAUGUCGACAUCUUUAAGUUCUGGCUCAUGUGGAAGGCCAAGGGCACCAUCGGGUUUGAGCAGCACAUUGACAAGUGUCUGGACCUGUCUCAGUACCUGUACAACAAGAUCAAGAACAGGGAGGGAUAUGAGAUGGUGUUUGAUGGAGUGCCCCAGCACACCAACGUUUGCUUCUGGUACGUACCACCCAGCCUGAGAGGCAUGCCAGACGGUGAUGAGCGGCGAGAAAAACUCCACAGGGUGGCACCGAAAAUCAAGGCCAUGAUGAUGGAGUCAGGGACAGUCAUGGUGGGCUACCAACCCCAGGGCAAUAAAGUCAACUUCUUCCGUAUGGUCGUCUCCAACCUCGCGGUCACCCAGUCUGACAUCGACUUCCUCAUUGAUGAGAUUGAGAGGUUGGGUCACGACCUGUAGACCUCAGCCAUCACUGCUGCCCCCUGCUGGUCUCUUAUCUGUGAUAUUUCCAAUAUAAGAUGUAAUCAGCGAGGUGUAACACUCAGUGCUGCAGGCAGAGUAAUGAUAGGACGUGUUUGAGGUUCUUUCUUUGCCUUAAGCAUUAUGAAUGUUUCUCCAAAUUAAGAGAAACAGGCAAUGAGAGAGACUCUAACUGUCCCAUAUAAUUCCUUCUAUAGAGAAAAUAUAUAAAACAGUAUCUGAAAGCUCCAGGUACAAAUAACAUAAUAAUGUGUGUGUGUGUGUGUGUGUGUGCGCGCUGUGGAAUCUUGUCAUGUCUGUGUGUGUGUGUGAUCUACUUUCUCGUCCAAUGCAGUUUGUCCCUUAAUGUCUGUGUGUUUUUUCUUGAGUGUGUGUGUGAGUGUGAUUAAAUGAUUGAAGGGGAAAAAGCACAGAUCAAAAUAUUACAAAUGAUCAGAAAUAUUAAUUCUGCUGUAUCAUACAUUUCUUACACACAAUUGAAUCAUUGGUGCUUUCGACUGUGUAAUGCACCGACCUACUUGUCCGAGCCCCUCAAGCAGUGUGUGAGAGCUUGUGUGUGUGAGCACGAGUGUGUGAGUGGACCCUGUGUUGUAUUUUAGGCUAGCACUGUGUUAAAAAUAAGCUAAUGUGCACACCAUAGGUACCAAGUGUCAUAAACUGUGAGGUUUUAACCUCCAGUGACUGAUUUUACUGUCUGCAAUAUUUUCCCUGGUAGAAAUUUAAGAUUUAAAAUAUCUGCAGCUUUCCCCAUUCUGUAACAACAUCAAACCUGUACAACACUGGCUCGUUCUCUGUUUCAUGCAAUCAUGUGAUGGCCAUAUG